GGAGUCUCAUUACACUGACGAGACUUCAACGUGACUUGAAUGUGGCGGGAUUCUUGAAGAUCAAUAUUUAAUGUCAGUCGAUGAAAAUGUCGUGUUGGGAUGAGUUACACUCUGCAUUUGGUGCAGAUGAAACUAUAAACUUUGGACCCCGUUAUGAAACUGGUACUGCUCUCUACCAAGUUAAUACAUUUGCUACACUAUCAUCCAGCAGUAAUGAGGAUAAUGAAUCAUAUCCUAACGUGGUGUCUGAAGAGUUGGGUGACUUAUUUUGUGUUGCUGUCGACAACAAUUUGUCUCUCUUUGUGGACUGCCAGUUUAUGAUGUCUCUAAAGUUUGACUUCUUCGUUGAUGCUUUGAGAUAUUGUCCAGAUGGUUCUUUUCUCAUUGUUGGUGACAAAAAAGGUAUUAUCUACAUUGUCGACACAGACACCUCAGAGAUCAUCUUUACAUUCAACCUUCUAGCUGGGAAGAAGGUAUCUGAAGAACAUGCUUUCAGGAAAAUAAUAGUAAAGGAAAAUACAGACAGUCAAUGGAACCUUCUUAUUUUAUUAUCUACUGGUGAACUGUUGGUCUUUAAAGACCUCAACAAAGAUUUUUUUGCUUCUGGAGAAGACCUUGCAAGCAAACUUUACAAGAGAUUGGCCUUCCGUUCCGAAACCUCUAAAAUACAUCGUAAUGGUGCCACAGAUGUAAUUGUAGCAGAUAAGAAUAUUAUUACAGCAGGCAAUGGUCCAGCUGUCUUAGCCAGGUGGAUUUGGACAGACGGCAAAUUGAAAAUAACUGACGAAGUGGAAAACGCGCAACUAAACAAUGUUGGUAUUAAGUCCAUUCAGACAACAUUGAAUGGGAAAUAUUUCUUCGUUCUGGAUAAAAAUGAAACUCUGAGCCUCUGGGAUGCCACUUCUUUGAUUCUUUUAGAAAUUUUCUCAAACUUGACUGUGAAAGGAUUCAACGUUCUGGAUACAAGUGCUUUAUCAAGCUCAAGCCUCAAAAAUAUUCGAGUUGUUAUCCUGAGGAAGGAGAAACCCAGUGAAACUUUUCUAGAAGUACGACAGCUGCCUGGUUUUGAAUGUAUCUACCAAUUAAAACUGGGUGCAGUCGUUGAGCUCACUCAAUCAAAUUCUACCCAGGAGAAUUUGAAUAUUGUCGAAGGUUGUACAGAUCUGAUAAAUCCUGAGAGUUUUGAAUCCUUGCGAUUUCGUCUCAUAACAGAAAGUGAUGCAGAAACACGGUUUCAGACUUUGCUUCGUAAGAUGCGCUUUGAAGAAGCCAAGAAUUUUGCAGAACAGUAUGGCCUUGACAUACAGUCUCUCCACAAAGCUCAUUUAAAGCAUAUUUUAGAUAUGCUGUCUCCAUGGAGAGAAGACACUGUCGACAAUAAAGAAGAACUGACGAAUAAGCUGUGGCCUCUUCUCAAGCUGGUUAAAGAUGACCAUUUUGUUGUGCAAUUGUGCCUCUCCACAAGUUUGACCACUUUCUCAGACACACACAAAUUACUAGAAUACAUCAAGUUACGGUUGACCAACAAACCAGCCAACGAAAAGACUGAAUUAGACAACACUCUCUUAAAUAAAGUGAAGCAGGUGCUCUAUCGUUUCUACACUUUCUGUUUUGCGCUUGGUCGUAAAUAUUACAAAGCAGAAGUAUGGGAAGAUUUCAAGAAGGCCGAUCUCUUUCACAAGAUAAUCAACUCUUUCCAUAGCGAGUUACUUCAUGUAGCGUUUACAAUUUGGAGAAGGCACCAUCAUGAAAUUGCGAGAUUGCAUUCUGUUGACUCCCUGGAACUGAUGCUAAACAGUCUACCACUCCAUGUCAGCAUCACCCAGCUGCAGGCAUGGUUACUGGAAGAUUUCAUCCCGUAUGUUAUUAGAGUGAUUCCACGUAGUUUGGCUGAAUGGCCAUCAAACGCUCUGUGUGUGAUGGAAACUUUCUAUAAGAAGUUUACCAGUUUGUUAAACAUGUCCUCCGACCAAUGCAUGUCAACACCUUCUGAGACAGCUCUCAAGACAUACACCAACUUCAGGAUAACUUUAACCCCGCUGAUCAACUUAAUCACUGUAUUCCGCCAACUGGAAGGCCUUUAUACGAAGUACAACUGUAAAAUGACAGCUGCAAGUUUUGCACAGGAAACUAUUGAGUCGGUUGUCUUUCGGAUGCUGGAUCGCUUGGUGGCCAUAGAAUUGAUGGACAAAACCCUCAAGGAAGUUAUCCACCCAUAUAUAAAAGAAUACCAACUCAAUGAGGAUGACAUAUUCUGCAAAUAUAUUAAAGAUCUUCUCGAACGAACUCACUGCAUCAACUAUCUUGGCCACGCACAUUGGGAAUCGAAAGCUUUGGCUGUCAUUGGUUAUAUUUCUGAUGUAAAACAAAAAAUUUCUGCUGUGCUGGAAGUCAUAAAAUGGGCACCAAUUCCAUGGUCUGAUGGUAUUCGCAUACUAGUAGAUGAUACUACCAAACUAAAACAACCAGAAGUAGAGGCCAUUAAAAAAUAUGCCAAGCUUGUGGAGCUGAAGUUGCGUCUUGCAAGAUAUGAUCUGAAAGGAAUCAAUGUUCCCACUCCAAACACAGAAGAAGCUCUGCAAUUGGCCAAAUACAUUCUCCACAAAGAUUUGCCUGAAAGUAUGGAAGAUGCUCUACAUAUUUUGAAACCAGUUGACAUCUGUAUGAAAAGAGAGCUCUAUGUCUUCCGCUUGAGACAGUAUAUGGUGAAAGAUAAGUUGAAAGAAUGCUUUGAUCUGCUGAAGUCUCUGGAACCAGAAUUGUCCAAAUCUUGUGCUCAACAGCUCUUGGACUUCUGUAUUAUUGAUUUGGAUGAAGAACCUAUUUUUGAUGAGGCGGAGACAAACCAAAGCAAAAAACUGGCCAUUGCAACUGGAAAAUGUGUGAUUGAAUGCCUAAAACUGCUCACAACAGAUUUCCUUGAGACGGAGACUCUUGCUGAGCUUAAAAAAGAUUUAGAGCAUCUACAAUCUCUGCAAGUUGAGUUCCACUUGUAUCCCACCUUUCACAAAUUUCAACAGCCUCAUUUCAGAGAGAUGAUAUUGUGGGAUUACAUCAACACAACUCUACCAGAAUUUAACAUGGAACCUGAAAUAAUAUGCAGGUUGUGCAGACUUUCUGAUAUCUUGAAAAUUUCUCAAAUAGACUUCCUUUCCCAAAUGAUCAUGAAGGCAUUACAGGAAAAAAAUAAUAAAGUCUUCCUUCAGCUAUGCAAGAAACUUCUAGAGUGUGAAGUCUGUCCUAAAACAGCCGAAACCAUUUAUGAUCUGUGCAUGUACCUGUUAGAAAACUUAGCUGACACUGAAUCUGAUGGAGAGGAUUAUGAAAAAGAGAAUGCACAGGAUGAGUACAACUUACCUGCCAUGAUUUACAGACUAAUCAGCUUGGCUCUAACUUCAUGGCAUCCAACUUCUCUCAACAAAUUCCUCCAUUUAGCAAAGACUGUCCGACUUGCUGCUGCAGCAAUUCAACAGACCAACAUGGCUGAGGACACAUCUCUACCACAUGCCUUGAAUAAAGAUAAUGCUGCCUCCUCAAACAAUUGUAAAUGGAGUUUAAUUUCUGAGUUUAAAGAAGAUUGUUUCAUUAUGGAGUCAUCUGCCCUUGUUCCUUUGAUUGCAAAUUCUGUUCAACUUGAUCCACUUCUAAAGAGGAGAUUUAUUCCCCCUACACCUCCUACCAAUGACACCGAGUCCACAGAGGCUGUUGAUAAUUAUAUGAAACAGUACUACAGUGAGGUACUACAACUGUAUACCGAUACAAUACCACCAUUAGUGGACUAUCUCAAACUUAACCGCAGCUUGGAACUUGUCUACCAAUACACUGUGCAUUUCUUCUUUACUGUUGUGGAAUAUUCCGUCCACUACACUGCUGAUGUCACGUUAAUUAAACAGGAGAGUUUUGAUACCAAAGACAUGAUGAAAUAUCUAAACCAAAUUACUAGCACAAGUCAACUUCAGGAAUUGGUGGUCCAUCUCCUUCAGAAGAGUGACGUGGACUAA